UUUUUUCAUUAUUUUGUAUUAUUGUUGCUGACGAGACGCUGAUAAAGAUUUGUUACUUAUUAUUCUCAGACGGGGAAGCUACAAACAACGACAUAGAAACCAUCGCGUGGUGAAAAUAAGGUUUUUCCCCAAGAUCACAGGUCCAUCUGAAAAGAGCCAGGUUGAGAGAAUGGAAGGAAAGGCGAUUAAAAUGGAGGUGGAAGGAAAGGUGAUUAAAAUGGAGGUGGAAGAAGAGGCAACCAGGUCUGAAGAAGUGCAGGUGGAUGCGGCUGGCAGCGAAGAGAGGUCAGAUGAAGCUUUGUCUAAUGGUAGCCACACAACCCCUAAGAGAGGCAGGGGUAGGCCCCGCAAAAACCGACUCGUCUCUGAAUCAGAUCAAGCCUUAUCCAACGGUAGCUCCACAACACCUGAGAUGGAACAGGGUAGGCCCAAAAGAUUAGUCACUGAGAAGGGAAGAGGUAGGCCCAGUGGAGCCUUGUCUAAUAAUAGCACCACAACACCUAAAAAAAGUCAGCAAAAAGGAUCAAUCUCCAAGUUAGGUGCUAGCUGCAUAACACCUAAGGAGGGAAGGGCCAAAGGAUCAGUGUUCACAAAACCCAAGAUGCUGAAGGUUAUAGGCAAGCCGUCGCAAGGCCAUCCCCGUAAAGUGUUUGACUCCUCUCCUAAGAAGUUUGGCCGGCCCAUUAAAGUAAAAAGGGGUAGGCCAAAGAAGAUCCUAACACCCGAGGAGGAAGAGGAGAGAAAGAAACUGGAAAGUCAACCAAGAGUGUUGAAGCCACUUGGAAGGCCACGCAUCUAUCCCCGCAAUGACCCACCAGUCAGUGAGCCUAGAAGAAGAGGCCGCCCGUGCAAGAUUAAGAACAAAAGGGGUGAUCACUUGCGGAAACCCCCCAAUCCCAACCCCCCCAAUCCCAACCCCCCCAAUCCCAACCCCCCCAAUCCCAAACCCCCCAUCUAUGAUGGUGCCCCACGGAAAAGAGGCCGCCCCCCUAGUGCAGCAAACAAAAAGAAGAUCGAGGCAGAGCAAGAGGCCAACGGUGAACCUCCAGUCAAACAGUCCUGCAACUUCAACGAAAUGAGCGAGAGAGGAUUUCCUCCAGUCGAAGAGGACAGUGAUAUGGAAAAGGGGGACUGAGGAAAGUGAAAUCAGAAAGGGGAAUGGAGGAAAGUGAAAGCGGAUGAAUAUACAGAAGAUACCAAGAAGCGAGUUACCUCCAGUGACCGCAGUAGCUUUCUCGGGGCCAUUAGCGGGAUGUCUGGCGACAGCCCGACCAGAGCAAGUACUCCCCACUUCAUAGCUGCCCUGUUUUUUUUUGGGGGGGGGGGGGGGGUUCCAGUAUAAUUGCUGAUAUGAGACCAUCUGAUAAUGCAGUUUUAUAUGGGGUGAUCUCAGUUAUGAAAAUAGAUAAUGCACUCUUUCACUUGUCUGAUUGCAUUCUUCACCUUUAUGGGGUUAAAAUGGUUAGCCUUAUUGUUGACCUGGACCAUGCAACUUCCAAUUCUUUCUCUGCAUUGUUGGGAAGGGCCCAUAAGUAAGCCUUUCACUGUUAGUCUACGCCUGUUGUUUACGAAGCGUGUGACAAAUGCAUUUGAUUUGAACCCAACAUCUUUCAAAUUUCUACAUUAAAAUGUACAGUUUCACUACUUGAGGGUUUUGUUCACCAAUAGAAUCCUUGUAGUUUGCUUAUCAACGUUAGUCCUCAGAUCUUCAUUAUUUAGACUUAUGUUUUUUUGUUGACUGUCAGUCCUGAUCACUAGGCCUACUUUGACAUAACCAGUGGAGUAACAUUUCAAACAGGACAGCUUGUGAGAGAUUUUUAGAUUUGUCAAUGUUUUCAAUAAUUCUUUUUGGUGACAUUUUAAUGUGUUCAUUGUCAUAAAAUCUGGUUGUUUACAAAAGUGUUAUAGUUGUGGAUGGCUUGGUUUCACAGACCCUGGACUAAUGUUAUACACGUUUAUGUAGGCUACAUGUAUUGGGCUAUAUCAUGAAGUCUUGACCAUUGAAAUUCCAGGAUACAUAAAGGAAUGCAUUUAUACACCUGUCAAUUUAAACUCUGCCACUGACCGACUGCAUUAUACAGUGGCAAGAAAGUAUGUGAACCCUUUGGAAUUACCUGGAUUUCUGCAUAAAUUGGUCAUAAUGUGAUCUGAUCUUCAUCCAAGCCAUAACAAUAGACAGCUUAAUAUUUUUCAUGUCUUUAUUUUCACACACCAUGUAAACAUUCAGUGCAGGGUGGAAAAAGUAUAUGAACCCUUGGAUUUAAUAACUGGUUGACUCCUUUGGCAGCAAUAACCUCGACCAAAUGUUUUCUGUAGUUGCGGAUCAGACCUGCACAACGGUCAGGAGCAAUUUUGGACCAUUCUUCUUUACAAAACUGUUUCAGUUUAGCAAUAUUCUUGGGUGUGAACCGCUCGAGGUCAUGGCACAGCAUCUCAAAUAGGGUUGAGGUCAGGAUGUAUUUUCUGUUUAAACAAUUCUGUUGAUUUACUUGUUUUGGGUCGUUGUCCUGUUGCAUUACCAAACUUCUGUUGAGCUUCAAUUGGCGGACAGACAGCCUUACAUUCUCCGUCAAAAUGUCUUAAACUUGGGAAUACAUUUUCCCGUCAAUGAUAGCAAGCUGUCCAGGCCCUGAGGCAGCAAAGCAGCUCCAAACCAUGAUGCUCCCUCCACCAUACUUUACAGUUGGGAUGAGGUUUGAUGGUGUGCUGUGCCUUUUUUUCUCCACAGUGUUAUGUUCCUUCCAAACAACUCAACUUUAGUUUAAUCUGUUCACUGAAUAUUUAGCCAGAAGCCCUGUGGAACAUCCAAGUGCUCUUUUGCUAACUUCAGACCUGUUGCAAUGUUUUUUUUGGACAGCAGUGGCUUCUUCCACGGUAUCCACCCAUGAACACCAUUUUAGUUUAGUGUUUCACAGAUUGUAUACUCGGCAGAGUUGUUAGCAUGUUCCAGCGAUUUCUGUAAGUAUUUAGCUGACACUAGGAUUCUUCUUAACCUCUGAGUAUUCUGCACUGUGCUCUUGCAGUCAUCUUUGCAGGACUGCCACUUCUAGGGAGAGUAGUAACAGUGCUGAACUUCAUUUAUAGACAAUUUGUCUUACCUUGGGCUGAUGAACAUCAAGGCUUUUAGAGAUACUUUUGUAACCCAUUACAGCUUUAUGCAAGUCAACAAUUCAUCUUAAAUCUUUUGAGAGCUCUUUUGUUCAAGCCAUGGUUCACAUCAGUCAAUUCUUCUUGUGAAUAGCAAAACUUCAAUUGUGAGUUUUUAAAAAAAAAAAAUUUUUUUAAUAGGGCAGGGCAGCGCUAACCAUCUCCAAUCUCGUCUCAUUAAUUGGCCUCCAGUUUAGCUGACGCCUGACUCCAAUUAGCUUUUGAAGUCUUUAGCCUAGGUGUUCAUACUUUUUCCAACCUACACUGAAUAUUAAAAUGCAUUUUUCUUGUCUAUAUUAAAUACAAUAUUUUGUGUGUUAGUUUAAGCACACAGUGUUCGUCUUGAAGAAAUUAAGAAUAGAUCAAAUUUUAUGGCCAAUUUAUGCAGAAAUCCAGGUAAUUCCGAAUGGUUCACAUACUUACCACUGUAUAGCCUAGAGGAUAUCUAUUGAGAUAGUAUCAAUCCACUGUACAUUUUACAUUUUUAUUCAUCCAUUUUACUAUGUUUUUGCUUAUAGCUGUAUUCAUUUACUUUAGUUCGCUCCCCAAUUCAUGCACCUUGGUUGGAGCGAGAGAGUUCCCUUCAUAUUGCAAUAUUGCUGUACCAAAAGUGACAUUUGGGUAGUGCGAUCUGCCAUGUUCUGAAUCAGGCUAAUUCUUGGCACGAGUUUUAAUCAAGUGGGCCUAAUUUUAGUAGAACAAUGCAUUUGUUUUUAAUUUGGUCUUUUCUCAUACAGCUUUGUAGCUUGGGACCAUCUUUCAAAUCCUAAAUGACCCAUGUCAGCAGUUCUGGUAGGUCCGCGAUUGUCUAGGUUGAGGGGAAUUUCUGAUUAAUCCAGAACAAGGUCUGUGAAACCACUGAAGGUAACAUGAAUUUGAGUUGUGUUUUCAGAGUGUGUAAAUUGUAAGUUUACUGCAAUAAAAUGUCAAACUUCAUUACAAGUGUUUUUUAAAAUGUCAAUAAAGCUUAUUUCUUAUUUAGUA